GAUCGGAACAUCGAUUUAGAAACGUUUUACCAAGGAUACGCGUUGGAUUUGUGUCGUCGGAUCAAAUUAGCAAUGGAACAGUCGGCUAGUGUUCUGGACACAUCUGCUUUGUCGUCUACCGAAAUUCCUCCUGCUACGAAAACACACUCUGUCGUUCAGGACCCUAAAACAUUGGUGUUACAGGCUUGCGUGGUCGCAGAUUGGAUGACUGUUCCCUUGUGUCGUAUCAAGGUGGUCACAAAGCUUGCUUCCCUGGUGCCUUUGCCAUGGCCAAAGGAGUUGUUGAACUUAGUGAAUAAGAUUUUGAAUCACGCUCGACAAAACAAACUUCUCUCUGUUUCAUCGCAAGCCGAUGAAUGUGUUUCCGAAUCAGAUCACAUCAAAUAUGCUGCUCACAUCCCGCAGUUAUCUCGUUUGGAUCGUCUCGCCAGUGUGGCACGAGUUCACGAAAUAAUGACUAGGUACUCUCUGAUCGACAUGUCAUACGUGGAACACGGGGAAGAAGACCGCACUGAAAUCGCUUGCCAAGCCAUCUCUUGUAUCAUGUACAAUUUCGCAAAUCCAUUUUCGCAAGGCGCAACCACUUCUAAAACCGAUGAUCAAGUGUUGCACGAUUCAGCAGUAAUAGCGGAAGAGCUUAUUGCCUCGGAUGAAUGGGCUUCGUGGUUUGCUCGGACCCGUAUGGAUAUUGUGACAAGAAUGGUUACUGAUCUAUCUGUCUUCGAUGAUUCUGAUCCGAAUUUUGAAGAUUCACUGUCUUUCAUAAUCGAACAGCGCGUCUCAUUUGUUCUGAACCAGUUGGAUUCGUUGACAAAGUACCUGCACGAUAAGGUUCUGGAUGACUCGCAUCUUAAAUCCCCAUCCCAGAUGUCACAGUGGCUUGUCAAACAUUUCUUGGGAAUGACCUGUUUGUGGUCUAUUGAGUCCAUUUUAUCUGCAACACCAACAGAUCAACACUAUCAGGUUUCCCUGCUACUCGAAUUGGCCGUAGCUGUCGCUCAAGCCAUCAUAUGGGUUGAUCAUGAUAAAACCUCCCGCCUUUCCCCAACAAACCGUUCCAUGGACCUCGUUCGAUCCACUCGCGUCGGGUCUCUGCUUCAUCAUUGUGACGGUGAUUUUCAGCAAGCAUUGGCUGUUAUAAACACCAUUGGAUCAAUGCGACAGUUGUCCUGUAGCUCGUUAUCCACACGUUGUCGUUUAAUCAAAACGUUCACAUACUGUUGGGUUCGAGCAAAUAUGAAUCGUUCAUGUGCGGUUUCUGAGAACACUUUAUUGUUGAAGAAUGCCUACCGGUCAAUUUUACCGGAUGUCAGCCAGUCAAACCUUGAGGAGCUUCUCUUAUGGAAUUCGUCUAUCACUUCUGUGCAACAUUUGUUGGAUUGCGAAGAUGUUAAUACGGCGGAUACCGGUUUAGAAGUCAGCAGUACAUCAUUACGGCAAACUUGUGCUUGUGUACUGCAAUAUCUUCAACCGAUCCUCCAAAGUAAUUUUACUGCUUAA